AUGGCACCAUGCCCCGGGCCUGAGCGCCUCGCGGCCUCACCUGUCUGGAUGGCUUCGGAUGGCAGCGCACGAACCUUGGAGGUUGAUCAGCACCCAGUGCGAUCAGCAGCAGCCGAAGGCAUGCGCAGCCGUGGAGCUGUCGGCAAUCCCAAAAGGUCCGGCGGCUCUGCAUUUAUGCUGAAUGGCCUUUUGCUAGUUACAGUGGUGAUCUUUGGCUGCGCAAACAUCAUCUCCAAGCAGAUUGCAGCUCAGCCGCUGAAGCGUUACAGUUAUGUGCUGACACUGGCCGUGCAGAUCGCGUACCUGCCGCUGUACUGGUCAAUCCUCGGGAUUUUGGUGCUGGUUGGCGCAGUCCCGCUGGAGCAGUUUCGCUUUGUUUGGCAGCGGCAUGGAUCUAGUGCCCCUGGUUUGGCUUUCUUCGCAGCUUCUGCACUGGGAGAUGCCCUGGGCGACGGCAUCCAUGCGAUCUGCACGGACCAUAUAAGUGGGCCUCUUCAAAGCCUCGCGAACUCCUUCAUCUCGAUUUUUAUCGCCAUCCUCUCCAUGUGUGUCUUUCAAGAGCGCUACUCUCUGAUGCAGUGCUUGGCUCUUUUGGCGGUGCUUUCGGCUGUGGUGCUGGGUUUCCUCCCGUCGCUGGAGGGCCAGAGCACAAACACCCAGCCCGCGUUCGCCAUCAUUUUUGCAGGCAGCUGCUUCUUUUAUGCCGUCUCCUUUGUGAUCAAGGAGCUCAUGUUCAAGCGCUUCCAGGCUUGGCAGGGAGCUCCUCAUCCUGGCGGAGCUGGAAGCAGUGAAACUGGAAGCGGCCUGAACAUCUUCGUCAUGAACGCUCACCUGGCAGUCUUCCAGCUUCCUCUGACGGUUCUGCUGCUGCCACUCAACGAGCUCAUGAAGCAGACGAAUGGCGAAGGUGUUGUGGCCUUUUCAAAGGAAGCCUUUACCUGCGUCUUUGUUGGCAGCUGCGGGCCAGACUCCAACCAUGGAGAGCUUGCAGGACUUUGUGUGGCCAUUUACGUGGUGUUCAACGUCCUCUGGAACCUGAACAUCGUUCUGGCCGUGAAGCAUGCAGGUGCGCUGGCCACUAACAUCGCCCUGAAGGCGGUGUUCCCUGUGUCGACUGUCCUCUUUGCCUAUGUCGACUGGCCCUUGCUCGGGCAAACAAGCCUCUCUUGGCUUGUAUGGCUCUCCAUCCUCAUCUUGCUGCCCGCCAUUGCGCUGUAUCAAUACGCGACGGACCUCCAGGUGCAGCGCGCUCGGGCGACCUGCUGCUGGCCCCUCUUCGCUGGCCCCUCCUCCUCCUCUCCUCCGCUGCUGCCUUCGCCUUCGCAGUGA